GAGGACGACUGAUCGAGGAGUACAACCGAGGAGGAGGGAAAGAAGUGGAGAGACUAAUUCUUGAGGAAUUUGGCGUCUUCAUGUACAACCACGGGCGGGGGAUGGAGAUCACGAGGACUGAGUACUUGAAGUGGAAGUACCGUAAUGUACCUAAAGAUCAGCUCGUCGUCCACAUGGAUAACAAGAGCCCCUUUAACCCCUUAAAUAAGUGGGAAGACCAUGAGGCAUGUUGGCAGAUGCAGUUCCGUGGAAUCCUGGGCGAGACACUCCUUCACGUUCUCAUCAUGUGCGACACGAAGGCUCAUACGCGAGUGGCCAAGAUUCUGCUCAAGUGUUUCCCCAAGUUGGUUGUGGAUGUGGUCGAGGGCGAGGAGUAUCUGGGUGCCAGCGCUCUUCACCUUGCAAUCGCCUAUAGCAACAAUGAACUGGUUACUAUCCUCCUUGGUUGCAAUUCCGAUUUCGGCCAAAGAGCUAUUGAAAAUAAGAAAAAGAAAAAGAAGAAGCAUGCUAUUGAACCUGAAGAACAGCCAGUUGAACCAGUUAUCAAAGAUUAUCCAGGAGCUAUUAAACUGUAUCAGAUUCCCUCUACCAUAUUUAGCUUUAGUUUUAGUGCUACUGUCAUAUUGUUAUUGUAG